CCGUCUGAAAAUCCGAAGCUUCUUCCUGUUCGCUCCUUGCUGGCGCUACGACUCGACUGGGUCAUCGUGAAUCGUAUUUUUAGUAAAAACCCAUUUUCCCUGAAAUUGCUCUCUCACCCUUUCUUCUUCAAUUCACAUUAAACCUCUCCCAUCAAACCCUGCUCAAAUUCAGAUUUUGCGUUCUCAACUUUCUCUCAUUCUUCUUCUUCGCCAUUCGAUUACUGUGCACCAUUCUUUCUGGGAUCGCAAGUUAUCUUAGUGCCAGUAAUAAUGCGUGCACCAUCUCUUCUUGCACAAUGCUUGCCUGGAUUGAUAUCUGCAGACAGGGGGUGUCACGCGUCAGUAAUAUCUGACAGAGAUGGUCAUCUUCCUUCACCAGCUGUAGAGAUUGUUCCUUCAAAAACCGCGCAUCCCUAUACAUAUGCUAGUGAGAAUGUAGAUCUACAAGGAAUCAAUAUAGUCAAGGGUAGAAUAAGUGUUGCUGAUAUAAUCGGCUUUACUGGCACAGAAAUGAUAUCCUCAAAACCAGAUGGAUAUCUGAAGUGUUGGGAUGGUUCACUUGAUCUUGUUAAUGUUCUCAAACAUGAGAUUAGGGAUGGACAGCUGAGUUUUAGGGGCAAAAGGGUGAUUGAGCUUAGCUGCGGCUAUGGGCUUCCAGGAAUAUUUGCUUGUUUAAAGGGAGCUUCUACCGUGCAUUUUCAGGACAGGAAUGCAGAGGCUAUAAGAUGCACCACUAUUCCAAAUGUCUUGGUGAACCUUGAGGAGGCUCGGGAACGGCAGUGCCGUCAACCUGAGAGCCCUUUGACUCCUUCUAGGCAGACUCUUGCUCCAACAGUAAACUUUUAUGCAGGGGAAUGGGGGGAACUGCCAACGGUGUUGUCUGUUGUUAGGAAUGAUGCAUCUGAGAUACCUAGAGGGAUGAGCCUCAGCUUCUCUGAGGAAGAUUUAAUGGAUGGCUGUAGUAGCCAAGAUGGGAGCAUCUUAGUCCAUGAAUCUUCCUCGAGGCGGUCUAGGAAACUGUCUGGAAGCAGGGCAUGGGAGAGGGCUAGUGAUGCAGACCAAGGAGAAAGUGGGUAUGAUGUUAUUUUGAUGACCGAGAUUCCCUAUUCAGUGGCCUCACUGAAGAAGCUGUAUUCACUGAUAAAAAAGUGCUUAAGGCCCCCUUAUGGAGUAAUGUACCUGGCAACAAAAAGAAACUAUGUUGGCUUCAACAGUGCUGCACGACACCUCCGGAGUCUGGUGGAUGAGGAAGGUGUUUUUGGUGCUCAUUUGGUAACAGAGCUAACAGACAGAGAGAUUUGGAAAUUCUUUUUCAAAUGAAAAGAUGAUCUCAGCUUUGCCCCAAAGGUUCUAUUCAUUCAAUAAUUGUUUCCAGUAAUAUUAUAAUAUAAUAGUAAAUUCUUAGCUUGUUAUUAAGAAAAGAUACACUACUGGAUGGUUCAGUGCUUGUCUCCUGUAAUUAUGUUCUUUAAACUUGUUGUUUACGUUGAGAGAGAUGUAAAUUUUAUAGGCUUGUGUAAUAUACUUUGUUUUAGCAUUGAUGGAGGAGGAAAAUUCUCUA